AUGUCACCUAACAGGACUCAGCUACUUUUUGGUAACCUAUGCGCCUUGGUACUAUUAUUCUUCUAUGUAAAUAGUCGUAUGAAUGCAACACAGUGGGAGAAUUCGUCGAAGACCUCCACUGCUAACUUGAUGGACCCAAGGUCGGACCUCAUAGUCAUCUACAACAGGGUACCUAAAACUGGUUCAACAACAUUUACUAACGCUGUAGCUUAUGACUUAUUUAAAUUGAACAAUUUUAAUGUGGUACAUUUGAAUAUGACCAAAAAUCGACAGAUUAUGAGUCUCACAGAUCAGAGUGAAUUUAUUGAAAACAUAACCUCAUGGAAGGAACGAUUACCCGCAUUUUACCACGGUCACGUGGCCUUUAUCGAUUUUGAAAGAUUUGGGAAACCAAACCCAAUUUACAUCAACAUAGUUCGAGAACCGCUUGAACGACUUCUAUCUCACUACUAUUUCCUUCGGUUUGGUGACAACUAUCGCAUUGGGUUGAAGAGGAGCAGAGCGGGUAAUAAUGAGACAUUUGAUGAGUGCGUGGUACGUGGUGGUCGUGACUGUGACAUGAAACAAAUGUGGCUUCAGAUCCCCUACUUCUGUGGACACCAUCACUUUUGCACGGUCGUCGGAAGUAAGCUUGCACUGGAUCAGGCUAAAAAGAACUUGAUCGACAAAUAUUUGUUGGUUGGUGUUAGUGAGCAAAUACGGGAUUUCAUAGCGCUUUUGGAACGCCUCGUGCCUCGGUUCUUCAAAGGAGCGCUUGACCACUUCGACGGGCUUAGUGAAAAUCGUGCACACCUGCGGUACACAAAGCGGAAAUACCCUCCGAACGAUCAGACUUUAUCGAUCAUACGAAGGAAUGAAGUCUACCUAUUGGAGAAGGAAUUUUAUGACUUCGCAAAGGAAGAGUUUCAAGCAAUUUUCAAGAAAGCAACUAAUGGAACCAACAACGCUUCGGAUGUUCUCCGUCUGAACUCACAAUACCAUUACGAAAAAAUUAAACCUGAAAGGCCCCUAAACUUUUGA